CCGCACUGGCCCGCUUGACCCGGCUGAGUAGAGUGCCCCCUCCCCCACGGUGUGGGCUCGGUGGGCUGGGCUUGGCCGGAGGGCUGACGAGGCCCUAGGCGUCGGGGGUCUUCCCCCUACUGGGUGGGUGGGGGCUCUCACCACGUGGCUUCGCCUUUUUUUUUUUUUCCGCUCCAUUUUUUUUUUCUAGUCGAUUUUAUUUAGAGGCGGCGCCUGGGCGAGCGGGGAGAAACGUGACACACCAGCCCGCUCAGAGGGGUUUCGGACAGAGGGAAGGAGCCGCGCCGCGUCCUCCGCCUCCCAGCGCUCGCGGCCACUAGGUCCCGGCCCCCGCCAACUCUCCCGCGACCCCAGCGCGCCCGUAGGCCGCCCUCUCCGCCUCGCGCCCCGGACAACUUCAGGGGUGGGGUGCAAAGAAAGUUUGCGGCUCCCGCCGCCGGCCUCCCGCCUUUCGGCCUAGACACCCGCCAGCCCGCUUCCCCGUUCGGCCUCGCCACGGACCGCGUCCCACCCGGAGCUGCCCGCCACCAUGAACAAGCUGUACAUCGGCAACCUCAACGAGAGCGUGACCCCCGCCGACUUGGAGAAAGUCUUUGCGGAGCACAAGAUCUCCUACAGCGGCCAGUUUUUGGUCAAGUCCGGCUAUGCCUUCGUGGACUGCCCCGACGAGCACUGGGCGAUGAAGGCCAUCGAAACUUUCUCGGGAAAAGUAGAACUGCAAGGAAAACGCCUAGAGAUUGAACACUCGGUCCCCAAAAAACAAAGGUAGGGAGGAGCUCUUCUUUGGGGCAGAGGAGGACGUUCUGGGGAAGGGGGUGUUGCUGAGUGCCUGUGUUCAGGGCUCCAUGGUGUCUCUACUGGAAGAAACCCAUAACUGGCUUGUACAUCCCAACUCCGGAUGUUGGGGGCUGGGGGAAUGGCUGGCUAAGAUCUUGUAAUAGGGUGGCUUACGGCUUGUAAAGAAAAUAAGCUGGGGUUGGGGGGUAUGCUGAGAUCUGUUACUUGACGUGGGGGAAAGUAAACCUUGUGGGGCUGGUACAGAGUGUGUUAUUUUAUUUAAUUGAGGGGGGAAUCUGGAAGGUAAAAAUCUUUAAACUCAUAAACAUUUCUGUAGCUUCCCAGCUGGCUUCAUUUUCUCAUUUUUCCCCCUUUCCUGUCUUCCCUUAUAAUUACUGAUGAAUUUUUUUUUGGGGGGGAAGGGGAAGUCCUUUUAGUUUCCUUGGGGAAAGUGGAAUGAUUUUAUGCACCCUCACCCCCAUCCUCUUAUGCUUGAGUUUUAUUUAUGUUUUUGCAACAUUAUUUUUUCAUAUACCCAUACCCCUUGGCUUUCACACCCCAGUUCUAUUCCCCAUCCCUGGAUUUUCCAAAGAAUAUGCUUUGGCUGUACUAUGGCCGAGUUCUGUCGCCCCCUCUCCUCACCCCUAGUCCAUUGUUACAAGGGGACCAUCUGGGGUGAGAGCUUUGUGCUCAGACUGUGAGCUGGGGCUCUUUGGAGAGUCUAGAACUCCUUGGAUGAAUGGUUAAUAUAUGUAUAUAUGUGUGUUCCUGUUCCACUGCCUUUCUGUCCUCUCUUUGGUAAAGUGAGGUCCUUUACCAUUGUCCAAAAGUCUGAUUCAUGCCGGGUUUCAAAUCUUUCAGUCAACCCUGACUGGGAAGUAAGUGUAAGGGCAGUUUUUCCACUUUUUCAAAUCUAACUUGAGGCAUGUUGACAGUGCAGUUUUCUGUCCUGUUGCAGCCCCCAGUAAAUCUUCCAUCAUUUCCCCUCACCCCUUUUCAUUUCAAUUGGAAACUUACUGCAUAUGUUCUAGUAUAAAUUCUGAUCUUUUCUGUAUGGAAAGAUUGGGGUGGGUGGCUGUGCUUUUUUUUUUUCGUGGAGGUACUUAAGAGGAUCCAUAAAGUUAAAUGAGAGAUAAAAUUUCUUUCAGUGCUAUAGCUUGAGAAAUUUAAGGAACUUGAGACUUUUGUAUCUAUAGAUGAUCAAUAUGGUUUGUAACUAUGUUUAUAGAGCUUGUGAUUUAACAUCAAGUGCUUGAAAUACCUAGUUAUUGGAAAGGCAAUUAGAGUCAGGAGUAAAGAGGCAAUAAAAUUGGAAGGAAGAAAGAGCCUCAUUUAUUAAUUUGAAAUGUUUUCUAGAGAUGGGAAUAAAAAAAAGACAUCUGCCAAAAUUAGAUUUACUGAGAAGAUUGUGGAUGUUUAAAAUUGAAAGAUGAAUGAUAAAAAAUAUCCAAGAUAAACUGGAGUUGUGAAACAGAAAUUUUUCCUUCGCUCUUCAAGAUGAUUUAAAUUUUAAAGGGAAUGGAGUGGAAAGCAAGAGAAAUCGCAAAAUAUGAUGAACUGGAACCCCAAACAUUUAUAUUUUAAUUUUCACAGUGUUCUGUAUUUAUGGAUCUUUUAGCCAUCUGCUUGCUUUCAAGUAAUUUUUAGUCUCCUUGUUCCCUCCAAAAUGCAUUACUGAGGACUCUUUUGAGUUGAGAAGGGGAGGGGUAUGAGAGUGGGUACAGAAAUCUUACUUUCCACACCCAUAUUAAAUUAGAUCUUUUGUGUGUUGUCUCCUUUCCCGAAAUGAUUUUUUGACCACAUUGAGUCUGUUGUGUUUUAUUUUUUGUUUUAAGGGAAUGGUGGUGGUGGUGGUGGUGAGAGGCACUUCAUUUUUCUAGAAUGAAUCAAUUUUUGAAGUUUAAGGAUUUUUAAAAAAGGUUUGUUUUCAUGAAGUUAGUUUGCUCUAUCAUUUUGUGUUUUUUGAGGAAGCCUGUGGUAGUAUAUGUUUUUAGUCUGUCUGAAAAAUAAUCAGUUGGUACUGGCUUUUUUAGUCUCAUCACUGUAGAACAGGAACUGGUUCAUUAACCAUGGCUAGUAUAUUUUAAGCAAAAGGAUCAACUUUGUAUAUACUAUAUACCCUUAUCUAUAUGUGUUUGUGUUUUCAUUGUUUAAAAUAGAACUGUUCUUGAGUUCCAAUGAAUUAUUUAAAAAAAACUCUUAAGUUUCAUAAAACUUCUAACAAGGUAAAAUGUUUCUGCAUUUUGUGGGAAUCAAAGGACAGUAUAGCAGUUACCUCUUGACUAAUCUUAAUUUUGAAGUAUUAACAUACUGUGUUCUAAAAAAGCUAUUGUGUUCUAACUUUGUAUCUACUUGAUAAGUAAUGAUGUGUUUGUACCUUUAAAAGAAUACUAUACAUUUAAACUAAAAAUCUUGAUUUGAAAUUUUUCAAAUGAUUGACACCAAAUUUCUCUGAGAUAAAUUUCUCAAAGCCUUUCUUAGUGUUGGAAUUCUGGUUAACAAUUUGGGCAUUUGUUGGAAGAAAUUUAUAUAUAUUCAUUGUCAGAUAUGUGACAAAGGAGAAAAACCAGAAAGAUUUUUAAAGCAGUUGUGGAAAGAGUUUGUAUAUAUUUUAUUUUGAGAGAGUCGAGAGUAGUUAAGGCAGAAGGGGAUGCCAUCUUAGUGAGGCUUGUUUACUUUAGGAAAUGACUUGCUUUUUAAGGGAAUUAAACUUUUGUUUCAUUUACCACUGUGUGUUGUGUCUUUUUUCUAGAAGAAUGCGAGCUAAGAUAGCAUACUUACUGUCAAAUAGUGUCACUAGAAUAAAAUGUAUUGCUGCUGAAAAAUGAGAUGUGUUACAUUUCUCUAGGUAAACCAUGUUCAAGUUAAAGAUUGAUUUCUCUAGGCAGGUUAAUAGUUAUUUUCUCUAAAUUUACCAACAUGAAGUAGGCUAACACUUUUCGUUAAAUUUUCAGUUUUUGAAAAGAGAAAAAUGGUCUCAUAGCCAUAAAAGUAUAUGAACUUUCAGAAGAAAUUGUGUUUAAGCUUUAUUCUGAUAUUAAAGUUUAAUUUCAUAAAGUUAAGUGCUUAAGAAAAACUCUACUGAAGAAUAUCCUGUAAAUGACAAAAAUAUUUCUAAUAUUUUAAUUUGCAGAGGCUCUAAAGAAACAAUUAGAUCACCAAAUGAUAAAAACAAACAAACAAAACCCUAAGCAUUUUGUAUUCAGAGAUAGGCUUGUCUUCAGUGAAAACUGUUCUUAGGGUCUGAAAAAUGAAUUAAAUGAGUUGAAAAUGAGAAUCAUAAAAAAGCAAGAAAAGAGUAGAAUACAUUACGUUAGGAUACUUUUCAGGUACUUUUUAGUUGUAAUUAAAAGACACAUCUGACUUGUAUCCAACAAAUAAGUCUAAAGUUUAAACAAUUUAUGACACUUUCAGUGAAAGU